CAAUUCUGUUUGCAGACGAUCUACAUUUGCUGACUCCGCCUUCUGUCACACCACAGCAACUCUUGCUUUGGCAAUGAAAGUAGCACAUGCUAUCAAGGACUAUCGCGAUUACUGUACGUGUUUACGGAGAGUUUAUGUGCGUUUCAGGUUGUGGGCGGGCCCCCCACGCCACCACUCGCUUCCUCUCUCUGGCGGGUAGCCACAGCAGCCCGCGACGUAGCAAUCUCCGCUAAUCUAGACCUCCAUCACGAAGUGCCUCCCGCUCCCGACCAGACGCUCAACUCCCAGACCGGUUCGCUCCUGCUUGCCACCUUUGCGCAAGUGUCACACCGCGCUUUCCGGUGCUGGUAAUGCCAUCGCGUUUGUGUAGCGCUGUUCCUCGCCGACGCCGCGCUUCCGCGUCGUCCCACCCGCCAUUCGCCGCAGCCCCUCCGGCCGUCUCCCUCGCCGUCUCACCGUGCAGAAAAUCAACGGCGCUGUCGCGCAGGGUACUAUUUACACAAUGACACCCGACUCUACCGCGAGCGCGACGCAACAGCUCGCCAGCGUCGCGUUCUACAAGGCGCUAUCGUCCCACUUCCAGCGCUGAGCCUGUCGUGCCACUCCUGCGCAAAGUCUGCGAGACACGUCGUGAGCUGUUGAAACUGGUCUGUGCCUGCGCCACGCGGCUCUCCCGUGGGGAGUGUGCGCGAGCGGGUCGGCGAGCUCGUUGCUCCACCCGGCCUCCUGUUGCGCCAUGACCAGUUCGCGUCUGUUGGACACGCUGUGCGAUGAGGUGGCCGGCGUGAGGAAGGGCGGGAGGAAGACGAGUGUGAGAUGCGUAGGGGAGAUGAGGGAGGCGAAACCGUUCGCAAUGUUUAUGGCGGCUACGUUGAACGCUGGGUUGUCGUACUUGAGGACAGAAUUGAGGGUGGAGGCGGCUAGGGCGACGGUAGAGAUACUGGAGGCGGGGAAGGUGGGAAGGGAGGUUGUGUUUGGCGGAGGGGGGAAUCCGAUGGAGGCGCUCAAGGAACUGGUGGUGGUUGUCAGGUCGGACAAGGCGGGGGAGGGUAAGGGUGACACAAGCGUAGGUAGCAACGAAUUAGUAGCCUUGUAUCAUGCAUGUAUUAUAUCAAACUACCGCCAAUUACACGACACCUGUCCCUAUCAUUUAUCACGACAUGCAGAAAUCUUCUUCACUAAAAACCCACAUUUCAGCAUUUUUCGUCACGACUUCAUUGCGGAAUUCUGUAUAUGCCAUUUCAGUGUAAUGUUCUUUGCUGAAUUGUUUGCAGAAUAG